GGUUUAACAAUCUUGUUGUGGAGUCUCGGGAGAGGUAGGGGAGCUGACCCUUCUUGCAGGUUUUGCAUUGCAAAAGCUGUGUACUUUGUCUCCCCUUUUAGUUCGCCGACAGAUUACUCCUGUUUGGGAGAACACAGAGACCCACAACCCCAACUUUUUCCGAGCUUCCCCCUCUGAGUUCGCUCUCACCUCCCCUCCCUUUAUAUUCUGCAGUAAGAUCCUGCGUUUCAUCCUCGUCAACAGUCGGACCGCGACUUAGAUUUCUCUUUCUCUCUCUCUCUCUCCGUCGCCGUCUGGACAAAGAAACAAACAAACAAACAAGACGGAACGAGAUGAAGACGGUUCAGUCGAAGAAGUUCAGGGGCGUCAGACAGCGUCACUGGGGCUCUUGGGUUUCCGAAAUUCGCCAUCCUCUGUUGAAGAGAAGGGUGUGGCUGGGCACGUUCGAGACGGCUGAGGAGGCGGCACGAGCCUACGACCAGGCCGCCAUCUUGAUGAGUGGCCGCAAUGCAAAGACCAACUUCCCGACAUCUCAAACCACGAACGGCGACCCCGCCGCUGCCAAUUCCUUGUCUUCCUCGAAGCACUUGUCGGAGAUCCUCCACGCGAAGCUCAAGAAAUGCAGCAAGACGCCGUCGCCAUCCCUCACCUGCCUAAGGCUCGACACUGAGAACUCCCACAUCGGAGUCUGGCAGAAGGGCGCCGGCCAGCGCUCAGACUCCAACUGGGUCAUGACCGUACAGCUCGGCAACAAAAAUACCGAUUCCAUUGGAGAGUCUGGAGACCAUCUUCCUCUUCCUCAUCCUCCUUCCACUUCUUCUUCUUCUUGUUGCUCAUCUUCUUCAUCGGUGCCAUCACCAUUGUUGCCGCCGCAGCCACCGCCUUCAGAGCUGAUGGCGAGGGGCACCAUGGAAGAAGAAGAGAGGAUUGCCUUGCAAAUGAUUGAAGAGCUCCUGAACAGGAAUUCCGCUACCCCUACUUUUGAAAACCCGGAGGAGGAGGAUAGUUUUUUUCUCUAGUCCUUUAAAAAUGGUAAAUCUAAUGUGUUCUUAUGAUAUUGUGUAUAAAGUAUUGCGAGAAGUCGUUAUACUUUUGAAAAUGACAAUUGUGAUGUAUCGGUGAAGAUAGUGCUCGAGAUAAAUAAUGUUUACAGGGACCGAACAUGGGGGUAGAGGAACAAAUUUAAGGGAGUGCGGGGAUGUAUUACUAAAUAUGUAAAAUUGUGGGUCCAAAAUGUGUGGCUUGUAUGCAGGGAAGAAAAAGAUUGGAUGGUUAACACUUGACAGCAUUUCUCAUAAUUUUGUUUCUUUUUCUGUUCUUUUUAAGAGUGGAUAAUUUGGGAUCCUCCUAUUUCCUAUGUUGCAGGAUGUCAUAGAGUACAUCUGGUUUACAGGAGGUUAUAUUAAGAUUUCCUUAACUCCA